AUGAAACGACCCUCAUGUGGCCAGUGUCAAAGAUCUGGUAUUGAAUGCUCCGGCUAUCGGAAAGAGUUCAUCUUCCUGAACAGCACUACACAAGAAGGCCAGGACGGCUCCUUGUCGCUCGAGAAGGAGAGCUAUUCGGCGGGAACUAGAACAAGGAACCCAGCAACUGCGGGUUCCGCCGCAUCAAGGGCAGCCGCUACAAGUACAACUCCAACUUCAGUCGCUCUCCACGAAAAUCUUGAGCGCAGCGCCUAUGAGAAUAAUAUCAUUGAUGAGUUUUGGGCGUCGUAUCUCCCUAACGGGCGUGCCCCUUCAGAAGAGGCCAUGAAGUACUCCACGUAUGGCUGGACCAGCGUGGCACAAAAUUUACACACAGAAAGCCCUAUAAUUCGGGUUUCCCUAUUAUCCAGUGCCUUGGGAAUGAUAGGCAGGCAACGAAACGACUCGGAAAUCUUCCAACAAAGCCGACAAGCGUAUGGAAAGACUCUGUUAGCCGUGGAAAAGUCACUCCGCAACCCUAGCAAGCAUGAGGCUCAUGUUGUCCUGACCGCGCUCCGACUUGUUAGCUUUUAUGAGUUGUGGUUUGGGUCAGAUGGGGAUGGCUCGGCGGCUCAGUAUCAGAGACUCAUGGCCCACAUAAACGGUACCAUGGCGUACUUGCUUACCAAAGGCCCCGACACAUUCUCAGAAGGCUAUGCCCAUCAAUUAUUUUCAGAAUUUCGGUUGUCGCAGGUCGUCGCCGGAUUACAUGCGCACAAGGCUAGCCCACUUGCCAGUCAUGAAUGGAAAACGAUUCCAUGGAGCGAAAUACCCAAGACUCCCAGAGAUACCUUGCUUGAUAUCAUGUUGGAGUUUCCAGGCCUGUUUGAAGAAAGUGACCGCAUCAAGGUUAUGAGCGAUGGUGAUGAGCAGCUGGCACAUGCUCAGUGGCUACUUAGAGAAAAGUGCUACAGGCUCCACGAAGAUUUGCAAGCAUGGGCAGGAAGAGAUGGAAAAAAGGCUCUGGAACUAGAGCUAGUAAAUGGGGAAGAAACCGAUACAGCCAGUUCCACUACAUCUUCAGAAGAGUUCGCUAUGGGCCACCUCCUCAUGCUCCACCAUGCCUCCCGAAUCAUUUUGUAUGAUGCACUGCGCUCUCAUACUGGAAGUCACGUGGAAGCUAUACCCGGGUAUGUUGACCCACGGCUAUAUUGCCGCAGGAUGGGGAAUUUUAUACCCUUUUUCCUGGUACCCAAUGCGGGCUCUGUCUUCCUCGAUAUGACGAUACUCCCCAUCACAGUCGCGCUUGAAUACUUGAGCAGGAACGAAAAAAUUGAGCCAUCGACUGAGAAGCUUCUCCUCCUCCGGGCUUUCCAAGGCCAUAUCGGUACAGCCGCUUCGAUGCUGUUAACAAGCUACCAAAAGACACGGAAGCCGGCGGGACGGCCCUUCCUAGAAUAG